AUGUUGAGUAUAACUUUGGAACAAAUACUCGAAUUGGAUAUCAUCAAUGGAGUCGAGAAUACGCAGCUGCAAUACUCGGAGACUGAGAAGACUUCUGGUAUGGCUAUGGUAGCUGGAUUACCGACAAAGCGCUACCAGUCAUUCAAAUCCGGGGGAGAGAUCUCAACGGGGUUUGAUGUCAUCAAACAGCUAGUACUGGAUAGGGUGUUGAUGUCUAGCACUUUCAAUGCGGCGCAGCGGGCCAGAAGCCAGAGCCUCACACUUCAGAAGUUCAGAGCACCUGCUCCCUACACUCUAGUAGAGAAAUAG